AUGACACUAGAAGAGAAAUCGAACGUCACACGCGGCCAUGUGGGCAAAUGUGUCGGCAAUUCAGGCGCGGUCCCGCGGCUCGGCGUCCCUGAACUUUGCUUCGCUGAUGCCCCAGAUGGGGUUCGAGGACAGGAGUUCGUAUCUGCCUUCCCAGCUGGCAUCCAUCUUGGUGCAACAUUUGAUCGGGACCUGAUGUAUCGGUACGGGAAAGCGCUAGGCGAUGAGUAUCGCGGUAAGGGAAUUCAUGUCGCGCUGGGACCUUUUGUAGGGCCUUUGGGGAGAGUGGCGAGGGGAGGCAGAAAUUGGGAAGGGCUGGGACCAGAUCCGUAUCUUGGGGGUAUAGGUGGUGGACUCAUAACAGAAGGGAUCCAGGACGCUGGUGUGAUCGCUACACCCAAGCACUGGCUUUUGCAAGAACAAGAAUGGCGACGGUUUCCCAGCUCUGCUGGUGAAGCAAUGUCUUCCAACGCGGACGAUCGCACAAUUCAUGAGCUGUAUGCCUGGCCUUUCUACGAUGCUCUGAAGGCAGGCGCAGGGUGCGUUAUGUGCUCGUAUCAGCGCACCAACCACUCUUACGGCUGUCAGAACUCUAAGCUCAUGAACGGCAUCCUCAAGACCGAGCUAGGCUUCGAAGGCUUCGUCGUCAGCGAUUGGGCGGCACAGCAUGCAGGUGUUGCAAGCGCGAAUGCUGGCCUGGAUGUUGUCAUGCCUGAUGGAGGCUAUUGGGGCCAAAACCUGACCAGUGCCGUCAACAACGGAUCCGUGGCAGUUGAACGUUUGGACGACAUGGUCACACGCGUUCUCGCUGCCCACUUCUUCACUGGGCAGGGUGAGGACUUCCCGGAGAACGGCGUCUUCGCCUACAACCUUGUUCAUCCGAUCAUCGACGUCCGCAACCAGCAUGCCUCACUUAUCCGCGAGAUUGGCGCUGCGGGUCACGUUCUCGUCAAGAAUGUGAACAACACACUGCCACUACUCAAGCCGCGAUUUCUCAACAUCUACGGCUACGAUGCUGAGGUUAAGGCCAAUCCGUGGGACAACCCAGCCCGCUUCGGAGGAGGUUAUGAAGUAAACUUCGGCUGGCAAACUCUCAAUGGCACCCUUAUCACCGCCGGCGGUUCUGGCGGCAGUACGCCUCCCUAUGUUAUCUCGCCUUUCAAGGCGCUCCAUGACCGCGUCAUCGCCGACGGUGGCAUCUUACGCUGGGACUUUUUUGGCCAAAACCCUACCAUCUAUGCCAACGCUGACGCCUGCCUCGUCUUCAUCAAUGCCUAUGGAUCCGAGUCCUAUGAUCGUACGACUCUUGCGGACCCGUGGAGUGACAGGCUAGUUCGAAACAUUGCAACGAACUGCAGUAACACUGUUGUCGUUGUGCACUCCGCAGGGAUCCGCGUUGUAGAUGCAUGGAUCGACCAUCCGAACGUCACAGCUGUCGUCUUUGCAGGCCUUCCAGGUCAAGAAUCUGGCCACUCGCUUGUCGACGUUCUCUACGGUGCUGUUAACCCUAGUGGUCGUCUACCUUACACCGUGGGUCGAAAUGAAUCUGACUACGGUUCCGUGCUGAAUUCUACGAUCGACUUUUCUGCCUUCCCGCAAAGCAAUUUCUCAGAGGGUCUGUACAUUGACUACCGUGCCUUUGACGCGAGGAACAUUACACCGCGCUUCGAGUUCGGAUACGGCCUUUCGUACACCACAUUCACCUAUGCAAACCUUAGUCUGGAGGCUGUGGACGGCGCAGACACCUCACCCUAUCCGUCACCGGACCUUGAGAUUGUUCAAGGCGGCCACCCUGAUCUCUGGGACGUACUCUACACUAUCCGCGCGACUAUCACUAACUCAGGCGGUCUUGAGGGCGCGGAGGUUGCGCAAUUGUACCUCGGUAUUCCCAACGCGCCAUCUAGACAGCUGAGGGGAUUCGAGAGGGUGGGACCUUUGGGCGUGGGGAGAAGCAAGGAGGCGGUGUUUGAGAUCAAGAGAAGGGACUUAAGCAUUUGGAACACGGUAACUCAGCAGUGGGAGUUGCAGAGGGGUAACUACAACGUAUGGGUAGGAGCCAGCUCAAGGGACAUACGAUUGUCAACAACCUUGACGAUAUAG